AUGUCGGGCGCCGAGGUCAUCGGCAUCAUCUCUGGCAUCAUCGCCAUUGUCGACGCCACUGCGAAGGUCUACAAUGCCGCCAACGAUGCCUUAGGCCUCCCAGAAGCCUUCCGCGAUAUUGUGACACGGCUCCCUCUUGUCCGCAAAACCCUCCAGACUGUCUCCAGAAACCUCAAUAAUACCAACCCCGACGAAGAAUAUUGCAAGGCAAUAAAGCCUGUCUUAGAGCGCUGCGAGAAUAGGGCAACAUAA